AGGAGACAUUGCCAGCUUCUCGGUUCCCUGCAUUCUCCCUCAUUCCCAGGGUCUCGGAGACCAAGGGGAUACACGGAGUGAAAGUUGCCUUUGCUGGCCCGCCAAAGAACGAAGAGUUGUCAUGGGGAUCGGCAUGAGUAAGGUGGUUGAGGGCCUCUACCUCGGGAGCAUCAGUGAUGCUGAAGACAAAGAGACCUUGACAAAACAUGGGAUCACCCACAUUCUUUCGGUGCACAACAAUGCCAAGCCUCUGCUGGAAGGCAUGACCUACCUCUGCAUUUCAGCCUCAGACUCCUCGAAUCAAAACUUAAUACAACAUUUUAAAGAGUGCAUCAGUUUUAUUCAUGAAUGUAGACUGCAUGGUGGAGGCUGUCUCAUUCACUGCUUAGCGGGAGUUUCUCGCAGCACCACAAUUUUGGUGGCCUACCUAAUGACGGUAACCCACUUUGGCUGGAAAGAAUGUUUGGCCGCUGCCAAAGCUGUCCGUUCCUACGUGAGCCCCAACUUUGGGUUUCAGAAACAGCUUCAGGAGUACGAAGCUACGUUACUGCAGGAGUACCGAAACUGGGUCCAGAUGGAGUAUGGCAAGAACCCCCUCCCUGACCAAGAGGAGCUACAGCGGUUACUCUCCCCCAAAGAAGAGAAAGUCAAUGAGCCACAAAUAGGACUCGGAGAAACCAAAUGGAACGGGGCUCCAAACCCAGACAACCACGAGCCACACACCAGAUAUGGUGACAGCAGCAACAGCGGCCAACACCAAGGAACCAACCGAUAACUGGAGGAGCAUUUGGAAAGAACCUUUUUAGCUUCUUCUUUUGAUUGAUAUGCAGAGGGUGUUGUAGGCCCUUCCUUUCUGGUCCUUCCUUGAGUGUGUUCAGACUCCUUGUGGGUUGGGCUGCAACAGUGGACUUCUCCAAAGGUCAGCUUAAGUGCCUCUUGCUCUCCCAUUUGGAGGCUGCCCAUGUCAAGAAGAAAAAAAAUGGGUCCUUUAAACAGUUUCAACGAGAUGGGUGUGCAAUUAUCCCAAGCGUCUUGCUGGCUGAGAAGAUGCAAAGGAUCUUGGAAAUUAUUUUUGGGAUUUGUUCUCAAAGAUGACAUGGAGAACACUUGAUUUGAAUAGGAGUGAUGAAUAUGGUUAGCAGGAGCAUGUAUCUUGGGAAACAGGUGAUUUUUUUUUAUUAGUAAUAAUCCUUAGAAUUGGGAGUGAUUUCAGCUUUUGAGAAACAGAUUUUAUUACGUCUGCUUCGACUGUUGUUUGAAUUAGUGCCCCAAAUUAGAUGCGCUGUGAUGGGAACAUUACUAAGAUAAGCCACCAAUGAACUUAAAUAAUGCAAAUCAGUAUGAUGUUUACAUGAACAAUAAUAAUACCCAACAACAUAA